AUGGUGACCGGAGCGCUUCCCGGGACGGGCGGGGCCGAGGUGGGCACACAGGUCGGCACCCCGUCCGGUGGGCAGAGGGGCCACAAAAGCAACCAGCCGAGCCGGCACCUUGCUGGCGACACCCACUGCUGCCAACAGAACUUCUCGGGCGGGAAGAGGGCACAGUGGUGGCUCCCUGGGGCCCCGGCGCUCCCUCCUCGUUGGAGUCUGGAAGAGCUGCCCACCCACGGCCAGGUGUUGGGUGGGCUGCCAGGGUGGUCGGGGCGGAGGAGGAGAGGGAGGGAGAACACUCAGAGUUUCCGGAAGAACCUGGGAGGAGGGGGUUGCAGGCAAGCAGCCAGGCUGCGGAACCAGGAACCAGCGGGGGCCUGGCAUGGACCGGCAGAGGCCUGCGACGCGGUGGGUGGAGCUCGGCCCAGCACGUCUGCGCAUUGUCUGCGCAUUUCCUCGUUUCUCGCUGCAGCUUCUCUGGGAGGCAUCCUCAGCAUUGCAGUGAUGAUGCCACGGUCUGAUGGAAUUCUGGGCCCUUCCCUGCAAAUCGUCUGGAGCCAGGCAAGUUCUUCCCGUCAGAGCAGAAACCCUGGUUCUCUCUCGGCUCAGCGCAGCCGUCCCGGUCCUGCCCAGGCCCCACUGGUCCCAGCAAGCCCCGGGCCGACCCAGCAUGACGGGGUAUGGGUGUGUGACCCUCCCAGAGGGGAGAUCGGGAGUGACAGUCCACCCAACACAGAGUCCACACUCUCGACCUCUGUGAGAACUGAUGGCAGGAAGAGCACAGAGAGCCCAGGGAGGACACGCGGGAACACUUUCUUGCUGGCCAGGAUUUAUCUGCAGUUAUCCACGUCAGCUCUGGCUGGUUUGAGCAGAAAGGAAUCUAACAUGGGAUCAGGAGCAUCCAGAGUCACGGACGUGAGUGGAGGAGCAGCUCCAGGUGGGACGUUCGGGAGCAGCCCCGGCACCCCUGGCCCUGGGCGGAGGAUGCUGUCACUGCAGCCAGGACCCAGAGGGGCUGGGGACCUCGGUGACACCAGCUCUAAGCCCACACGGCCUCUGCCGUGACCUUCCCAGCAACACCAAGGCUCGAGCUCUGCCGUACACCCCGCAAACCACGGGGGACACCAGGUGCCUCUAAGUGAAAGAGGAGAACAGGGACAGUAGAAAGGCAGCAUAAAGGGACAUUUGCUAA